AUGGUGCCAAAUAUUCUCCCAAACUGGGCCAGAAUAGCCUUGAGCAUCGCAACCAUCGCGUCGUACCUUCCCCAGUACCACCGCAUCCUCGAACAGGGCCACUGCGACGGUCUGUCAUUGUACUACGUCCUCUGCAACCUCAUCAGCGCCACGGAGCAGCUCACCCUCGGAUUCUUUCUCAACGUCAACGACACGGGCAGACUUCGGGGCGAUGCCUUUGUCAACGACCCCGUAACAGCAGGCGACUGGCUCAACUUCAUCCAGCUCGUCGUUGUCUGGCUGUGCUCCCUUUCUCUACUGCUUCUAAGCCUCCGUUACUCGGCAUCAAACGCCGGCCGUCAAGCGACGAGGCACAGCGUCGGCGCCAUCUACGUGGUUUUCAUCCUGAUUUCCCUCGUCCCGGCCAUCUUCGACGCCAUCUUCCCGGACUCGCGCUCCGAACCGAGGAACUGGGGUCGCGACCUCUUUAUCAUGGGGCAUUACCUCAUCCUGCUCCCCGUGUCGAGCAUACUAGUCCUCGCUUCUGCCAUCCCGCAAGCUCGAGAGAUACAGCGCCAGUCAAGCCCUGGGGCUAUCAGUGUACCAGGCUUCGCCACGCAUACCGUUGUCUUCGCGGCAUUGGCAAUCUCGUGGAUGGUCCGCGUCAGGUAUCCUCCGUACUCGCCCUCCUAUGACGGAUGGUACCGUCUGGUUGGGUGGCCAGUGGUCAACAGCGGUCUGUUUUCUAUCGUCCAGGGCAUGCUUCUGUGGACUACCCAAAUGAGAUCAGCACCAAACCAUAGGGAUACGGAGACGCAACCUUUGCUGUCAGGAUAG